CGUAUCAUGACUUCUCAAGAGAAUACAGAAGAACUUCCUUUUGCAGAUAUAUUUGAUGAAGAUGAAACUGAAAGGGAUUUUUUACUUUCCAAACCUGUUUGCUUUAUUAUAUUUGGGAAACCAGGAGUUGGCAAGACAACCUUAGCUCAACACUUGGCCCAGGCAUGGAAAUGUAUUCGUGUUGAAGCUUUACCAGUAUUAGAAGAACACAUUUCUGGUGAAACGGAAUCAGGAAUUAUGUUGCAAUCGAUGCUAGUCAGCGGUUACAGCAUUCCAGAUGAAAUUGUCAUAAAGCUAAUGAUAGAGAAGCUCAACUCCACAGAAGUCUCUCAUUUUGGCUACGUUAUCACAGAAAUCCCAACACUGGCACAGGAUUCUAUAUCUACUAUGCAGCAAAUGGAAUUAGUUAAAAAUUUAAAAAUGAAACCUGAUAUAAUAAUCAAUAUUAAGUGCCCUGACUAUGAUUUAUGCCAAAGAACUACUGGGCAAAGACAACACAACAUUACAGGACAUAUAUAUACUAGAGAGCAGUGGGACCCUGAAAUCAUUGAAAGCCAUAAGAAAAAGAAGAAAGAGACCCAAAAAGAAGGAAAAGCUGAAGAGGAAGAAGAAGAAGAAGAGCAAGAAGAAGAAGAGACAUUUCUUGCUGAAAUGCAGGUGGUAGCUGAAAUUCUCCACCAUCUAAUUCAAAGGCCCGAGGAUUACUUGGAAAAUGCCAAAGAAGUUAUCAGACUUUAUAAGGAAACAGUUCUUCAUGCAUUAGAAGAAACAAUGGCUGAACACAAUCCUCAGUAUCUUGUUGAGCUAGAUGGAAAUAGAACACCAGAGGAGCUCUUCACAACAGUUUUAGAGCGACUAAAGUACCUGAACCUAAGAAGAGCAGGUGUUUUAACCAAACUUCAGAGUUCAGAGGAGGAAAUGAAUGACAUGAUGGAAACUGAAGAAGACUUGUUCCGAACUCUUGGGUCCUAUAAACUUAUUGCACCAAGGUAUAGGUGGUACAGAAGCAGAUGGGGGCGUAUGUGUCCAGUGGCUUUAAAGGACGGUAUGAUUUUUUCAGGAUCCUCAGAUUUUGCUGUUAGCUUUCUAGGUAAAAUGUACUGCCUCUCAUCAGACGAAACAUUGAAAAAAUUUGCACUGAACCCACGUCCCUACCUUCUUCCACCUAUGCCAACACCACCAUGCAAAUUGGUUGUAUUGGGGCCUCCGUACUCAGGGAAGACAACACUUGCCAAUUUGGUUGCAGAACAUUACAAAGGAAAGGUAAUUGAUUUUAACAAACUUGUUAAACCACGUUUUGAUAAAUCCCGUGAAGCACUAGUAGAAAAACAUAUAGCUGACACUGUUGAAGCAGCUAUUAAAAUUGUGAAAGAAAAGUUUCUUGCAGAACUACAAGCUCAAACGCAAGAUGAACUAGUUGAUACACCAGUAAAAGUAGCUGAGAAAAAGGAGACGGAAGAAUUUCAAGAGGCAAUAGAUGCAAACAAAGAAGAAUUACAGUCUUUGCCUUAUGAAGAAGCACCUUCUCAGGAAUUUCCUAGAGACAUGUCGGCAGAAGUCUCUGAAGAAAUAAAAAUAAAUAUCCUGGACAGUCAAGAAACUAAAGAUGAUGAAAAAGGAACCAGUGAAAUGACUUCUCAAGACUUUAAUCAAGAGCUAAAGACAGAAUCAGAAGGGAUUUUUGGAGACAAAUCCCAAACUCUGACUGUUUUGGUCAAUAAGUGGCUGCCUUCACUUGGUUCUAGGUGGGACUUCUUCCGCUGCUGGCUGUUGGGGCAACAGAUGUACUUCCUGACUUCAGCCAGGGACUGGCCACAUUCGAGUUGUCUUCCAGGUGUGCUCUUGGUCAAGCCUGGUGGGCGGCUGGUUGCUGGGGGCACUUGCACAAUUCCCAGCUUCAACGAGACCAGUAGCCCAGGUGCUAAGGGAAGCAGUCCAGUCUCAACAGAAGACUCACUGGCAAAAAUAAAUGCAGAUCAUCCAGAUGUUGUUGCCAUAGUAGCUGACACUCUAAAAUUUAUAAAGGAUGUGAAUUUUGAACAGCCUUAUGAAAAAUAUGCUGAGCUCUUACGUGAAGUCCUCAAAGAGGUAAUCGAACAAAACAAAGACAGGUUUCCUGGUGCUCCAAAAUAUGGAGGAUGGAUCAUAGACAACUGCCCUACUGUGAAAGAACUGUGGACAGCCUUGAUUGAGAAAGGAUCUGUACCUGAUUUGGUGGUCUGUUUAACAGAUACAGAAAAUGAUGGAAAAUAUUUACUUGACAGAGCAUAUUUCCAAAAUAAGCCUGAAAUUGAUGCUAAGAUUUUAGAAAGAAUUUCGAUGGAACUACAAAAGAAAAAGGAAGAUGAAGCAGCAGUAAGAAAAGUCAAAGAGGAAGCAUUAAAACUGGAAGAGGAAGAGCGGAAGAUAAUGGAAACGAUAAAUAAGAAAGCAAAAGAAGCUGAAGAGACUGAAACUGAGAAUGAAGAAGAGCUUGAAGGUAAGGAUCCUGAAGACCGCGACGAGCCCGAGCCAUCUGAAAUAUCCGAUGAAACCAGAGGGUCGUUGUUCCCGGAGCAGGCUGAUUCUCUUGGGCGCCAGGGAAGAAAACGUCCAUCAGUCACUGAGCCUAGAGUGGUUACUCCAGCUCGAACAGAAACUUCAAAAGUAUCUACAGAGGGCACAGAAACUAAAAAGGCAUCAGAAACAGAUGCUAUACUGCCUGAGUUUCCGGAAGAUUCUUAUCCUGAUGUCCCAGAAAUGGAGCCAUUUAAAGAAAAAAUAAAUACUUUCACAGCCACCUUGAAACUGCUGGAACCAAUAUUAAAUGAAUCUUUAAUUCCAUCUUUAACCAUGGAGAUUGCCAACAAAACACCAGAGGAGCUGUUUCAAAAAGUACUUGAUACCAUGGAAAAAACUUUCCGAUAUGCUGCAUUGGAGUUAACUAUGGAAGACUAUGAGGAAGAAACAGAAGACUUUCAGACAGAGGGAGAAGAUGAGGAGUUAGAAGAAGAGGAGGAAGAAGAAGAAGAGAAUGAAGAAAAAGUUAAAGAGAAGAAGAGGCACUUGGGAGACACAAGACACUUCUGUCCAGUGGCUCUCAAAGAAAACUUCAUCCUACAGCCAGGCAGCACAGAUGAAGCAGUCAAGUAUCGUGAUAAGAUCUACUACUUCUCCAAUGUGGAGGCUAAGGAAAAGUUUUUGGAGCAUCCUAAUGAGUAUGUGGCUCAUAGCCAACCGUUAAAGGCCCCACCAAUAAGAAUAUGCCUCCUGGGUCCCCGAGGCUCUGGCAAAACAGUGCAUGCAAGAUAUUUGGCCAAAACGUUUGGCAUUUUUCAUAUUCAAUUUGAUGAAUUUCUUCAAGAAAAAAUGCUACUCAAAACUGAAAGGAAAUUCGGACCUGAUUAUGAGGAUGAUUCUGAGGAGGAACAAGUUACAAAACAAGAACUUGAAGAGCUUGCAACUCAGGCCAAUAUUAAACUUGAAGAAGAAACCACAAAGAAGCGGCCUCUGGACGUAAAAUUUACAGAAGAAGAAGAAGCAAUCAAAGCAAGUCUGGUGGAAAAUGAACCACUGCCCCCUGAAAUUCUUAAUAUGAUUCUUUCUGAGUGGUGGCUUAAAGAACCAAUACGUUCCACGGGUUUUGUACUAGAUGGCUUCCCACGGUAUCUUGAUGAAGUCUUGUAUCUAGAGGAGCAUGGAUUUUUCCCAGAUGUUGCUGUUUUGAUACAUGUUGAAGAUCAAGAUAUUUCUGAUCGACUGCUUCCCUUCCAAAUUGCAAAAUGGAAAGCAAAACAACAGAAGAAAUUAGGCAGGAGAAAACUCAUCAAAGACAUGAAGACAAAAAUCAGGGAUGAUAUGAUAGCCAAAAGAAGGGCCGAACUUAUUUCAGAGAGAGAGAAAAGAAGGAAACUGGAGGCUGGCCUGAGAGAAGAAGAGGACAUUAGUGAGGAAGAUCUUGAAGAAGAAGAUGAGGAUAUUGAAAACACCCUUGAAGAGGAGUUUCCAAAAGAUGAAGAAGAGAUGAGUGAGGAAGAUGAAGAACAAGAAGCCGAUGCUAUUGAACGCCUGAAAAGUGAACUGGGAGAAAAAUUUGAAACAGAAAUGAACAGUCUGCAAAUGAUCCAGGAUGAAUUUGAGAAGGUCUUGGUACCAAUCAUUACUGUUAAUGGAGCUCGGAAAAUCCACAUUGUACAAUAUAUAUUAAACAUGAGGCUGAAGCCACUGGUGGAGAACCGUAUAAGCAUUUUUGAGAAGUGUUAUCCGAUAACAGGACAGCUUGCUGAGAAGAUGCUCACCUACACCUACAAGUACAUAAGUUCCUUUGGCUACUGGGAUCCUGUAAAGCUAAGUGAAGGAGAUACACUCAAACCAGUAGGAAAUGCACUGAAUCCAAGUUACCCUGUAAUCCAUCGGCAGUAUAUUUAUUUUUUAUCUAGUAAGGCAACUAAAGAAAAAUUUAUGAAGAAUCCAAUCAAAUAUAUCCGGCAACCUAAACCAAAGGCCACUGUGCCUGUUAGGAUUAUGAUUGUGGGGCCACCAAAAUCUGGGAAAACCACAGUUGCCAAAAGACUUGUAAGUGAGUAUGGCUUAAAGCGUUUGUCAAUUGGAGAAGCUAUGCGUGGCAUAUUAAACAAUUUCCCCCAAACAGAGCUGGCACUUAUGUUAAAUUGGCAUCUUCAUAAAGGAAUGACAGCUCCCGAUGAACUGGCUAUUGAAGCCUUAGACAUUUCCAUGAUGGAAAGCGUUUGUAACACUGCGGGUGUUGUCAUUGAUGGGUACCCUGUAACUGCAUAUCAAAUGAAGCUCUUAGAAGACAGGUCAAUCAUUCCCAUGAUCAUCUUUGAAAUGGAUGUGCCUUCCAAGGAGAUUUUCAAACGAUUGAUCUUGGAUAAAAAGAGUGAGCAAAGCUUACUUUACCCAUUGCACAAUAGUGCACAGAUUAUAGCUAUCAAGAAUGCAAAGUACAAAAAAAAUAUUAUUGAUAUUAGGAAAUAUUACCAAGAACAGCAUCAGAACUGGUAUGUGAUUGAUGGAUUUCACAAUAAGUGGUGGGUAUGGAAUGAAGUCCUUAAGAACAUUCAGAUGGUGAAUACAUACAUGCAGACAUACAUGGAAAGAAUAAAAGAAGGAAAAGCUGCUUGCAUCGACAAGUUAUGUAUCACACCUCAAGAGCUGGUUUCUCGCCUGGGAGAAUUUGGACAGUACUGCCCUGUCAGCCUGGGAGAAUCCAAUGAGUUAAUUGACUGCUCUGGAACUGACUCCUUGGAAUUUGCUGCAGAAUUCAGGGGGCACUAUUAUAAAAUGAGUUCUAAGGAAAAACUAAAUAAAUUUUUGGAGAACCCAGAAUUAUAUGUGCCUCCUCUAGCACCUCACCCACUCCUGUCUGAUGACAUGAUCCCCAAAAGACUGACAGCAUCGGAGCUGAAGAGUCGGUUCCCAAAGUGUGCAGAUCUCCAGGGCUACUGUCCAGUGACCUAUAAGGAUGGACAACAAAGAUAUGAAGCCCUAGUACCUGGUAAUAAUGAGUAUGCCGUAGAAUAUCGAGAGCAUAUAUACAUUUGUGAGAGUGAAGAAAAACUUCAGAAAUUUUUGAGGUCACCAAUGAACUACUGGGAUCAGAAGCUUCCACAGAAACUUCCUCCAUUAAAGGAACCCAUAUCCCUUACUAGUCUUCCUUUGCCUGGAUAUCUGGAACAGGGUAUCGCAACUUCUCUAAUUAAAGCAAUGAAUGCAGUAGGAUGCCUGAAGCCAAAGUUCCCUUUCUUAAGUAUAAGGAGAUCGGCACUACUCUAUAUAGCAUUUCACCUCAAAGCAUUUAAUCCCAAAAGUUCUGAAUAUAUAAGAAGAAAGUAUAAGAAGAAGAUGGACCAGUUUAUGGAGAGAUGUGAACUCAUAACAUACCUGGGCGCCAAGAUGACCAGAAAAUACAAGGAACCUCAGUUUCGAGCCAUUGACUUUGAUCAUAAGUUACAGACCUUUCUCUCUCUAAGAAAUAUAGACCCAGUUAAUAGAUGCUCGGUGAGGCGCGCUUCCGGCUCAGUUUUGACUGCGGUGCCGCUGGGGGCGGAAGUUGCGGGGUCGUCUGGGGCAGCGGGGCGGAGCGGGAUUGGGGGCCCCGCCAGCCGGCCGGGUGGGCUGGCCGCGACCCAGGCCCACCGGGAGCCCCGAGAGGUAGGUGCGCGCGUGCCCGCGCCCGUGGGCUCGGGGCCCGCGGCUCCCCCUCCCCGCUGUUCCCUGCGGGGCUCCGGGGACCGGAGGAAGGGGCGGAGGGCGCGAGUUGUCUCGGGUCAGGAGGUCCCAGCUCCCGGGCUCCACGGACGCUGUCAGGAGCAGGCCGGGCCCUCAGGCGCAGCCCUUCAGCAAGGCCCCAUGCUGCUUUCCCACACGCUCUUCACCAUUUUCCUGUGUGUUCCUGCGAGUGAAAUAGCCAGUAAUACCCACCUUCAAGGGCGCCGUACCCCACUGUAG